AUGAACCUCAGGCUCAGGCGAGUGACCCCGGAGGAACUGCCCCCUUUACUCCACCUGUUACUGUCGUGUAGGCGUAAACUCGCGCUCUCUCCUAUCGAUCCUCAAGAAAGUCUGCCCAAGACCAUCACCACGUACAUGCCCUCGCUGCAGGUCGGCGGCGUCCAGCUUCGCAAGGAGCUGGGCCUGCUGGACGGCGUGGCCAUCAACGUGGGCGUCAUCAUCGGCGCGGGCAUCUUCGUGUCCCCCAAGGGCGUGCUGCAGUACACGGGCUCCAUCGGCCUGGCCCUGCUCGUGUGGGUCCUCUGCGGCGGACUCAGCCUGGUCGGCGCGCUGUGCUACGCCGAGCUGGGCACCAUGAUCCCCCGCUCUGGCGGCGACUACGCGUACAUCGGCGAGGCCUUCGGCGCGCUGCCGGCCUUCCUGUACCUCUGGGUCUCCUUGUUCAUCAUCGUGCCGACGGGCAACGCCAUCACCGCGCUCACCUUCGCCGAGUACAUCCUGCAGCCCGCGUGGCCGACCACGGCGCCGCCCGACGCGGUGCUGCGCCUGGUCGCGGCCGCCGUCACCUGCGUGCUGACCGCCAUCAACUGCUACAACGUCAAGUGGGCGACGCGCGUCCAGGACCUGUUCACGGGCACCAAGCUGCUGGCCCUCGUCGUCAUCGUCCUGGCCGGGCUGUACGCGCUGGGCACCGGCAAGACGGAGAACCUGCAGCAGCCCUUCAAGGGCACCAUCACGUCGCCGGGCUACAUCGCGCUCUCCUUCUACUCGGGGCUGUUCUCGUAUGGGGGCUGGAACUGCCUCAACUUCUUGACGGAGGAGCUGAAGGACCCACACCGCAACCUGCCCCGCGCCAUCUGCAUAUCCCUCCCGACGGUCACCGUCAUCUACGUGCUGGCCAACAUCGCCUACUGCGUGGUGCUCACCCCGUCGGAACUGCUUUCCUCGAGCGCCGUCGCGGUGCUGUUCGGGGAGAAGAUGCUGGGCGUCAUGUCGUGGUCCAUGCCGGUCUUCGUGGCGUGCUCCACGUUCGGCGCCCUCAACGGCUGCAUCAUGUCGUCGUCGCGCCUCUUCUUCGUGGGCGCGCGCCAGGGCCACCUGCCCGCCGCCGUCGCCCUCAUCAACGUCAAGAGGCUCACCCCCGUGCCCGCCCUCCUCUUCCUGUGCCUCCUGACGCUGGUGCAGUUCGUCAUCAAGGACGUGUACGUGCUCAUCAACUACGUGAGCUUCGUGGAGUCGUUCUUCACGCUGGUGUCCGUCACCGGGCUGCUGUACAUGCGCUACUCCAAGCCCGACCUGCACCGGCCCAUCAAGGUCAACACCAUCCUGCCCAUCGUCUUCUUCGUCAUCUGCGUGUUCCUCGCCGUGCUGCCCGUCUACGUCACGCCCUGGGAGGUCAGCAUCGGCGUGGCCAUCGUCCUGGCGGGCGUCCCCGUCUACUUCGUCUUCAUCUACUGGCAGAACAAGCCGCAGUGGCUCACCAACUCGUCUCAUUUGUUCAACGUGAAGUGCGCCAAGCUGUUCAAAGCCGCUGCGGAGGAUGGGUGUAAAUUAUAGCUUUCAUUUUGAUCCAGCUGUCGCUUAUUGAUCAGCGAUCCGUGCCUUGCCUUUGCAUCCCGUGAUGGGAGUUUUUCUGUGAUAUUGUGGUUAGCUUUGUCUGCGUUCUCAAAGGUCGCUGUAUUCGUCGGACGAGUUUUCAGUUACCAACUUUCCCUACG